AUGGCAACUGCAGCACCUGAUUUUGAGCUGAGGGUCGUUCUUCUGGGGAACAACUGGUCUCAAAGGUGUACAGUGGGGAACAUCAUGAUGGGAGGGAACGUGUUCCCUGCAGACAAAGAACCACAGUUUGGGAAAGUCAUAGGACGGUGGAGGGACAGAGAAAAAAUCACUAUCAUCAACACUCCAGAUCUUCCACUUCACAAAACCUUGGGUGAUCAGCUUAAAAAGCUUUUAGAAAAAUGCUUUAGACUGUCUGCACCUGGACCUCACGUGCUCCUGCUGGUUCUACAGUCUGAAGACUUCACUGAGCAAUGCAAACACAGGCUCGUCAGAGUCCUACAACACUUCAGUGAUCAGUCAUUUAACCACGCAUUGGUUCUAACAUCAACCCCCAGUGUGAAGAAUUCAGGCAUCAUGUGGCGUUAUGAGAAAAAUCCAGACUUACUAGAUAUAAUCAGACUGUGUAGUAACAGAUUCUUGAAACUGGAAGACCUUGACCUUCAAAAGAUGGUGGCAACGUUGGAUCAAAUAGUGGAAAUGAACAACAGAGAGCAUCUGGGCUUGGAUCAAUUUAAGGAGACAGGAAACUUCCUCACUGAGUCCAUAAGACUGUCUGAACCCAACAAACCAGCUUUAAACCUGGUUCUGUGUGGGAGAAGAACAGCAGAGAAGACUUCAGCAGCAAAGGCCAUCUUAGGUCAGACAGAUCUUUAUUCAGCCUCCAGCUCAUCAGAGUGUGUUAAACACCAGGGAGAGGUGUGUGGACGCUGGGUUUCCCUGGUGGAGCUUCCUGCCUUGUAUGGAAGACCUCUGGAGGCAGUAGUGGAAAAAGCAUUCAAAUGUGUCUCCCUUUUUGAUCCUAAGGGUGUCCAUGCAUUCAUCCUGGUUCUACCUGUGGGUCCACUAACUGACGAAGACAAGGAAGAGUUUAAAACCAUCCAGAACUCACUGGGCUCUCAAGUCAGAGAUUUCACAGUGAUCCUGUUUACAUUAGAGUCAGAUCCUUCAGAUCCAGCUGUUGUCAACUUUCUAAAGGAGAACAAAACCAUCCAGGAGCUCAUGCAGUGCUGCAGAGAAUGUUUUGUUCUUAACAUCAGGGACAGGCAGCAGAUCCCAGAGCUGGUGGACAAUCUACAGAAACAAAGGUCUGGAUCUACAACGAAACCACUGAGCUACACGGCAGAAAUGUUUGCACAUGCCCAGAUAGAAAGGGUCAGCAUGCUACAAGCAGAGCUCAAGGACUUGAGAUCAAAACAGAUAAUAGGUGGUCCUGUUGCGAAGCAGAGACCAGGGGAUCUCAGGAUUGUGCUGAUAGGGAAGACUGGAAGUGGCAAAAGUUCUUCAGGGAACAACAUUCUAGGAAGAAAGGUGUUUAAGUCUGAACCAAGCCAAUUCUCUGUCACAAAACACUGUCAGAAAGCUCAUGCUGAUGUGAACGGUCGUCGUAUCGUUAUCGUUGACACUCCUGGUCUGUUUGACACAACUUUGUCCCAUGAAGAGGUUCAUGAUGAGAUGAUUAAAUGCAUCAGUUUUCUGGCUCCAGGACCACAUGUCUUCUUGUUGGUGUUACAAAUUAGCAGAUUUACAGAUGAGGAGAAAGAGACGAUAAAACUCAUUAAGGAAGGCUUUGGGAAGAAUGCUCAAAGUUUCACCAUCAUACUUUUCACUGGAGGUGAUACACUGAAGUAUGAGGAGCAGUCCAUUGAGGAGUACAUUGAAAAUAAAUGUACCACUUCAUUUAGGAAGCUGAUCGCUGACUGUGGAGGAAGAUACCAUCUGUUUGAUAACCGUGACAAACAAAACCAAGAACAGGUCAGUGUGCUGAUCGCCAAGAUCGACUCAAUGGUACAGGAAAAUGGAGGCAGCUGCUACACCAAUGAGAUGCUGCAAGAAGCUGAAGCAGCGAUAAAGAAAGAAACAGAGAGGAUCCUGAAGAGGAGUGAAGAGGAGAUGAAGAGGAAGGUGGAAGAACUCCAAAGAAAACAUGAAGAAGAAAUGGAAGCAAUGAAAAGACGAGUGCAAGAACAACGAGCAGAAACUGAAAAGCUGAGGAAACUGAGAGAAAAACUACUGGAGGAAAAGCAAAAAAACAUCAUCAAAGAGACAGAAGAGAGAAGGCGGGAGCAGAGAAUUAGAGAGGAGGAAGACAAGAGGAGAAUGCAACAGGAAGAAAUUCAAAGACAGGAGUGGGAACAGAAGCUCACAGAUUUGGAGAAAAGGAAGCUGUCAGAAUCAGAGGAAAAUUACAGCAUUCACAGAGAGCUGGAGAAAGCCAGAGAAGAACUGAAGAAAGAAAGAGAGAACUGGGAGAAAAAACAGAAUGACUGGUGGGAAGAAAGGUUUAAGGAAAACGAGCAGAUAAGAUACGAGGAGGAAAUGAAACGACAAAAGCUCCAAGAGGAAUAUGAAAGGGAAAAAGAAAUUAAUGAAAAGAAAAGAAAAGAGGAGGACCAAAUCAGAAGGCAAGUGGAGGAAAAAGAGAAGAAAGCUAUUGAGGAAAACUACAAGGCUAAAAUGGAGAACCUGAAGAAAACAUUUGAGGAGGAAGCCAGAAAGAAAGCUGAAGAGUUCAAUGAAUUCAAGGAGAAACACCAAAAGGAAUAUGCAGCCCUGAAGGAGGACCACGAGAAACAGAUGAAAGACAGAGAUGAGAAAUAUGACCUCUUAAAGGUGAUGUCAGUCUAUCAGGAAGAACAACUGAAGAAAAAACAUCGAGCUGAACUCUACAGCAUGGGGAAGGUCAGUUUUUAA